CGGACGUGUCUUGUUGACGAGGAUGAGAAUACUUCAUCCGCCAUAGAAAACUUGACAAGGUCUCUCUAUAAAAAAGAACAUCGUGCUCCGUCAAUAUGACACUCCCAGAGCCUAGCACUGCACUGCCCAGGCUGAAUUCAGAACACCAAUAUCAUUGUCGUUACUCGUUCUAGAAUUCGACCCUGAAAAGCGGACACCUUGUCUAAAAGUCGUCGGCAUGAGACAGGACGUCAGUUUCGACAGCCAAGGCCUAAGGCUAGCUGGACAUCUCUACCUUCCAGACCAGCUGACGCCUUCUGAGCGCCUCCCAGCAAUCGUGGUCAGCCAUCCUGGAGCAGGCGUGAAGGAACAAACUGCCGGAAUCUACGCCAAUCGUCUUCACAACGAAGGGUUCAUCACACUUACCUUCGAUUGCGCCUACCAUGGAGAGAGUGAAGGCACGCCACGGGGGCUAGAAGACCCUGCACACCGCGUGGAAGACAUCAAGAACGCCGUGUCAUUCCUCGCCUGUCACGAGAGAGUCGAUCCGGACCGCAUCGCGUUAUUGGGGAUCUGCGCCUCCGGUGGCUACGCCAUCACCGCAACGGCGACCGACAUCCGCAUCAAGGCCGUUGCGACCGUCAGUGGUGUGGACCUGGGAAGCUUCAUGCGAAAGGGCUUCAACGGAAAACAGGACCCUUCCGUCCUGAAGAGUCAGCUAGAACAGGCCGCACGCGCCAGAACUGCCGCCGCAGGUGGCGCUGACGCAGGAGGCUUCUCCUUGUUUCCUCCCGACGAGGCGACUGCCAAAGGUUGGGGCAAGUACGCAUAUGAGGCCUGGAGCUACUACACUACACCACGCGGCUGCCAUCCCCGCUCGGCGAAAGUCAUGCCCUGGAUCAGCAUCGACAAACUCGCCAGCUUCUUUGGCUUUGGUGUGAUUGAUCAAAUCGGCCCAAAGCCCGUUCUGAUGAUUGUGGGAGCCGAAGCGGAGACGAAGUGGAUGGCAGAGGAGGCGAUUCCGAACGCCAAAGAGCCCAAGGAGCUGUACCAGAUCGAUGGCGCGAGCCAUGUUGACCUGUAUGACAUCGAUGAGCAUGUGACGAAAGCUACCUCACGGCUGGUAAAUUACUAUAAACACUGGCUUGGGGUUUGA